CGCCAGUUGUGUGGGUGGGGUGCACUCUGCAAGUGCCCUUCCACCCCCAAGUCUUCAAAAAUGACUCACCAUCACAUGCACCGAUGCAACCAUCACGUAUGUAUCGCCCCCGUUGCCGUACGUUCUGAAAAUUCAGAUACCGACCUUUCUCUCACUCUCACGCUCUGAUCAGCCGCUGUAUGCACACAUGCAACAUGCACCCUCCUCUCUGUUUUCCUUGCCUCCAGCCAAGCAUACAUAGAGCAGUGACGGAUCCAUCCAUGCAACGCCCCUGGUACGUGUACGUUCAUCGCAUUAUCGGCAUAGUCACACAUGCACACCCCUCACCAGCGAUUCCCAAGCCGUCACCCCUUCGGACCCCAAACCGCCAGAGCUGAUCUGCCACAGCUGAGGCGCACCAUAACACAACACACAGACUGUCCAUGAUGCUCACAACAGAAAAUUUUGUCACUGACGCCCCUGGUACGUGUACGUUCAUCGCAUGGUCGGCACAAUUAGACAUGCACCCCUCACCGGCGACUCUCAAGCCCUCACCCCUUCGGGCCGAGAAGUGCCACUGUCGACAUGCACUCCUCACCCAAUGAAAUCGCAUCGUCGGCAUGCUCGACAUGCACCCCUCACCGGCGAUUCUCAAGCCCUCACCCCUUGGGCUGCUGACGACGAAAAGCCUCGACUCAUCAAAAGAGAAUGAAACGCCAUGUAAAAAGCGGGGGUACAAGCACCUCGUCUGUCCACUGCCUACACGGACACCUCCAUCUGCUGCCCCUCGUCAUCACCCUCGUCCUCCUCCUCAAUCACCAGCUGCAGCGGCGGAAUGUGCGCCACCCACGGAUCUUCGUAUUCGUCUUCGGCUGAGUCGACUUUUUUCAUGAACAGCGUCACGUCGCCCUGCUUCUCCAUGUACUGCGCAGAUAAAGCAGCCACAGGUGAAUCACAGUGUUAAACCUCCAUCCGUCCUGUUUUCGGACCUGUGCGAACUCCGCGUCGGUCAGCAGGCACUCGUCCAGAGCCGCUUCCAGCGCUGCAGACAAGAGAGCAGCUAUACACUUGCCACAAAGACGCUUCUAUCCCCACUGCAUACCUUCUUUGUGGCCGGUGAGCUGCCCGAUGAAGACAAUCUCCUGGCGCUUGUCGCCGACCUUGUCUUCAAAGUCCUUGCGGAUCUCGGCGCGCACCUUCUCGCGUGUCUCGCCCUCCAAGAAGGCGUCGGGCCACUGAUCCUGCACACACAGACAGACAGUGAGUGAACGAUUGGCGACUCGACUGCUGUGUUUGCGUCUGAUGGACCUCAGGGGUAUCGCAGAGCCACAGGCCGGCCGACGUCAUGGAGAGGUAGAGACCCGCCUGCGACCACAUGAUGGAGUCCGGGCGGCUGAAGAAAGGCAAACCCCGCAAACCACUCAUAAACUGUAUGUGACUCCCCCAAACAACCCACCAAUCCUUCCUUCCUUCCUUCAUGUCCGUACCUCGCGAGCCAGGCGUAGCCCUUGGACCGCAGGACAGGCGCCAUGACGCCCUUCUUGCGGUUGGCCAUGGUCUCGCGCACCCAAUCCAGGUCCUCCAUCUUCACCGCCGACUCCAUCUCCUUCUCCUUCUCCUCCUUCUCCUUCUCGUCGCUCAUGCCCCCAUCUCCGUCCUCUUCGCCGCCCUCUUCCUCGUCAUCAUCGUGCUCCUGAACGACCUGAAACGCGCAAACGGUUCAGUUUUCGAUUUCUUCGCGCCGCAUUCACUCACCCAGUAUUUGCUGAGGAGCUCGUGCAGCCGGAAGGGAUGGAAGGGCUUGCGGCGUUGGUAGAUGAAGGACCACACGCCGUACACGUCGCUCUCGGACUUCAACUUCUCGGGCUCGCGAAUGGACUGCAGCCACCCCGCGGCGUUGGACGCACGGUCCCAGUCGAACAGGUGCGUGUUGACGAUCUCCGAGGGCGAAACCACGCUGUGCACCGUCUGCAGAACCUUCGCCGUGCUGCGUGAAGGGGAGCAAGCAGAGGGUCGAUGCACCAAGCGCUUCUGUCGAUAUGUGAUUGGGUGUGGGGGAUGGAUGCUUACGGGUUGAGGGUGCGGAUGGUCUUCUCGAUGCCAGCCAACCGGGCUUCACCGCCGGCCGUCUUGAGGAGGUCUGAAGGCGAAGACACGCAGCGUCGGGGGGGGUAGGCGUGCCUGGACAGAACUGUGCGUGGCGUGCGGUGUCCGUACCCGUCUUGUUGAGGAGGAUCACAUCGGCGAACUCGACUUGCUCGAUGAGCAGCUGGCUCAGCGGGCGGUCAUCGUCGCCCUUGCACGCCUCGUCGCCCCCCUCGUUGACCAACUCGGACAUCUGCAUAACCAGCUCGAAGUUGCUGCAAACAAACAAGGCACAAAAGCACCAGUCGGAGGGAAUACGCAACGGUUGCACAAAUACAAAUGAAUGCUCGGGCGCUUGCCUCGCGUCGACGACUGUCACGCAGGUGUCCAGCCGCGAUACGUCACGCAGCUUCUUGAGCUUUUCCAGCCCACUCUUUUCCUCAUCGGUCAUCUCGCCGUUGGUGUGGUCCUGCCCGUUGGCGUGCCCGUGGACGUGCUCCUCACUCAGAUCCAUCGCCUACACAUCGAGACAAAGCAAGCCAGUCAAUCAAUACCUAUCUGGUGACCUGUGGUGGUUUGGCUGGCUCGUGAUUUCUUUCGCCACUGCAUGCGUACCCAGGUCUCCGCGACUUGCAUGGGUUCGCUGAUGCCGGUCGACUCCACGAGCAGAUAGUCCAGCGAUCCGUCCUUGGCAAGCUCCACUACCGCGUCCAAGAGGUCGUCGCGAAGCGUACAGCAGAUGCACCCUGCAGAUAGAAGGUCAGCCCUCACGCGAAGGCAAAGUCAGACAAAUCCCAGGCAUGAGCGCGUCUCCUCCAUGUCCCCGUACCGUUCUGCAUCUGCACGAGCUUCUCCUCGCGUUGGAUCAGCGACGACUUCUCCAGAAUCAUGCCGUCGAUGUUGAGCUGAGCCAUAUCGUUGACAAUCAGGCCGCACUUCAUGCCCUCUUUGGCUGUGAGGAUGUGCUUCAGCAAGGUGGUCUUGCCCGAGCCGAGGAAGCCUGAGAGGAUGGUCACCGGCAACAUUGGACGGGCCGGAGCGGGGGAGUCAGUGGUGGAGGCAUCCAUUUUCGCCCUGGAACUGGUGAGUCGUCUCGAGAUCUGUGCUUGUCCGUCC